AUGAUGGUAAUUGUGGAUCAGCAGCAACCUGUGACUCCACCUGCUUGCAGGCCCGCCCUGUCUAAACGAAUUCACUAUGGUAAAUUCGUAGCGGAAGCAAAAUUCCGAGCUUCACCUUCUGAUUAUGAAGCUGCGAUUAAAGCGCAAGAUAAGAAAAAACUGAUGGAUUUAUUGAGGUAUCCGGCUAUGGAAGAAGCAAUCAAGAAACGGGUGGAAACAAAAGCCAAGACUUUUGGGCAAGUGGUGACUGUUGGGUUUGGGGAAGAUGCGAUUGAGCCUGUGUAUAAAAUAGAACCCACUUUGGUUGCGGAUCUUUAUGGGGAUUGGAUUAUGCCAUUGACAAAAGAAGUACAAGUUGAGUACUUGUUGAGAAGAUUAGAUUGAAUGAUUGAAUGAAUGUGUAUGAAUUGUGUUUUUUUUUUCAAAGAUAUAUGAAACUUUUUAACACGAUUUGGUAGAAAUUAGUGGAGGUAUUGAUGAUCGAAGAAAUCUCAAACGAGUUUGAAUCGACUUUGGAUGAAUGUCUUUUGGAAUUUUUGAAAGUAAUGGAAUCUAGAAAAG